UUCCAAAUCCACAGGAUAUGUGUUAAAUCACUCAGAAGACAACGCAUCCACAACACUUCUGGACAUCUACGCAUUAUAUUCCCUUUCUUAAAUUAGCCCCCCCUCAGCGUCGCAAUACCGCCCCCAAUUUCAGUGUCGGUACGGAGCCGCCAGGCCGGGACAGAGAUGGAGAGAGAGCCCUCGGCCAUGGAAGCGCUCGGACCCGACCCCCCUAUAGGCCCGUCGGCCCCCACCUCCCUCUUCCAGCCCCCGCGGAGGCCUGGCAUGGGCACUGUGGGGAAGCCCAUCCGCCUGCUGGCAAACCACUUCCAGGUGCAGAUUCCCAAGAUUGAUGUCUAUCAUUACGAUAUCGACAUCAAGCCUGAGAAACGGCCUCGGAGGGUCAACCGGGAGGUGGUGGACACCAUGGUUCGCCACUUCAAGAUGCAGAUCUUUGGUGAUCGACAACCGGGCUACGACGGGAAGAGGAACAUGUACACGGCCCACCCACUACCCAUCGGGAGAGACAGGGUGGAUCUGGAGGUGACUCUACCGGGGGAGGGGAAGGACCAGACCUUCAAGGUGUCGCUGCAGUGGGUGUCGGUGGUGAGCCUGCAGAUGCUCCUGGAGGCCCUGUCAGGCCACAACGAGGUCCCCGAGGACUCUGUUCAGGCCCUGGACGUCAUCACCCGCCACCUGCCUUCCAUGAGGUACACUCCAGUGGGGCGCUCCUUCUUCUCCCCUCCGGAGGGCUACUACCACCCGCUGGGCGGAGGGAGGGAGGUGUGGUUCGGCUUCCAUCAGUCGGUCCGUCCUGCCAUGUGGAACAUGAUGCUCAACAUCGAUGUCUCCGCCACCGCUUUCUACCGUGCCCAGCCCGUGAUCGAGUUCAUGUGCGAGGUGCUGGACAUCCAGAACAUCAACGAGCAGACCAAGCCACUCACCGACUCCCAACGCGUCAAGUUCACCAAGGAGAUCCGAGGUGGGUGGGGACCUGCAGGUCUGAAAGUCGAGGUCACCCACUGUGGUCAGAUGAAGAGGAAGUAUCGUGUGUGCAAUGUCACUCGCCGCCCCGCCAGCCACCAAACGUUCCCCUUACAGCUGGAGAAUGGCCAGGCCAUGGAGUGUACAGUGGCCCAGUACUUCAAGCAGAAGUACAGCCUACAGCUCAAAUACCCCCACCUGCCCUGCCUACAAGUGGGGCAGGAACAGAAGCACACCUACCUGCCCCUGGAGGUUUGCAACAUUGUGGCCGGGCAGCGCUGCAUCAAGAAGCUGACAGACAACCAGACCUCCACCAUGAUCAAAGCUACAGCACGUUCCGCACCCGACAGGCAGGAAGAGAUCAGCCGACUGGUCAAAAGCAACAGCAUGGUGGGCGGUCCCGACCCCUACCUGAAGGAGUUUGGCAUUGUGGUGCACAACGACAUGACCGAGGUGACGGGCCGAGUCCUCCCAGCGCCCAUGCUGCAGUAUGGGGGCCGGGUGAGUACCGACACUGGGCGGGACUGUGGCAGGGGACUCUCUCCGCAGAAUAAGACKGUGGCCACGCCCAACCAGGGCGUGUGGGACAUGCGGGGGAAGCAGUUCUACGCCGGGAUAGAGAUCAAGGUGUGGGCCGUGGCCUGCUUCGCCCCACAGAAACAGUGCAGAGAGGACCUGCUCAAGAGCUUCACAGACCAGCUGAGGAAGAUCUCGAAGGACGCGGGGAUGCCCAUCCAGGGRCAGCCGUGUUUCUGUAAAUACGCCCAGGGAGCGGACAGCGUGGAACCCAUGUUCAAACACCUCAAGUUGUCCUAUGUGGGACUGCAGCUCAUCGUGGUCAUCCUGCCCGGCAAAACCCCUGUCUACGCGGAGGUGAAGCGGGUAGGAGACACRCUCCUGGGCAUGGCCACUCAGUGUGUCCAGGUGAAGAACGUGGUGAAGACGUCCCCCCAAACCCUCUCCAACCUCUGCCUCAAGAUCAACGCCAAACUGGGUGGCAUCAACAACGUCCUUGUGCCCCAUCAGAGACCCUCUGUGUUCCAGCAACCCGUCAUCUUCCUGGGGGCGGACGUCACUCACCCUCCAGCCGGCGACGGCAAGAAGCCCUCCAUCGCGGCGGUGGUGGGCAGCAUGGACGGCCACCCCAGCCGCUACUGUGCCACGGUGCGRGUGCAGACGUCGCGCCAGGACCUGUCCCAGGAGCAGCUGUACAGCCAGGAGGUCAUCCAGGACCUGACCAACAUGGUGCGCGAGCUGCUCAUCCAGUUCUACAAGUCCACGCGCUUCAAGCCAACACGCAUCAUCUACUACCGCGGCGGCGUGUCCGAGGGCCAAAUGAAACAGGUGGCGUGGCCGGAGCUGAUAGCCAUCAGGAAGGCCUGUAUCAGCUUGGAGGAGGACUACCGACCGGGCAUCACCUACAUCGUGGUUCAGAAACGCCACCACACCCGCCUCUUCUGCUCAGACAAGACCGAGAGGGUUGGAAAGAGUGGCAACGUCCCKGCCGGAACCACGGUGGACAGCACAAUCACCCACCCCUCCGAGUUUGACUUCUACCUGUGCAGCCAUGCUGGGAUCCAGGGCACCAGCCGGCCCUCCCACUACCACGUCCUGUGGGACGACAACUGCUUCACGGCCGACGAGCUCCAGCUGCUCACCUACCAGCUGUGCCACACCUACGUCCGCUGCACCCGCUCAGUCUCCAUCCCCGCGCCAGCCUACUACGCCCGGCUGGUGGCCUUCCGCGCCCGCUACCACCUGGUGGACAAAGAUCACGACAGUGCGGAGGGCAGCCACGUGUCGGGCCAGAGUAACGGUCGGGACCCCCUGGCCCUGGCCAAGGCAGUCCAGAUCCACUAUGAUACCCAGCACACCAUGUACUUCGCCUGAGCCACGCCAGCAAUGGGUGCAGUUCUGUCCCUUCUCUCUCUCUCUCCUCUGUCUCUCUCUUUUUUUGCCAGUCUCUCUAUCUUUCUCUCUCUUGCGUCUUGAUCUGCACCAAAGCGGUUCGAAGCCAGUGAAGUGUGCCAAUGGAGUAUUUUCCUUUUCGGGGAAAAACGACAUCCGGCGUUCCCGAUCGAGCCGCCUUCUACCAGCAAUCCGGCACUGAGAGACCGUGGGGUUUCCAAUGUACAGAGAAAGCAAAUACACGCAUACACAAGUUGAGCCAUUUAAUUUUUUUCCCGUUUUGAAUGUCUUUUUUUUGUAACACUGAGCAAUGGAGCGGACUGACGCCAAUCGUCAGUGGCAGCUCUUCUAGCUAAGCAGGACUCMGUCUACUUUUUACCUCAAAGCCCUUUGGGUGAAAAUCUGUCAUAAGGUCUUGGGUUGGUGGGGGUCAUGGGGGGGUAUGUAUGGAAACAUGGGUGGGGUGGACCUUUUUUUGAGAAUAUAUUUUUUUCCUUUUAUGAUCAUGUUUUUCCUUUCUCCUUUUCUUCAGUCUUUUUACAAGCGAGGUCACCUGGGUAUCCAUACCCAUUACUCUUUCUUCUCCCAUUUAGCGAAGAAUAAGUGUGUUUGUGUAUAUACGUGUGUGUGUGUCUUUGUGUGUGUGUGUUUCAUGGCAGGCCACUGAAUUGUAAAGGGAAAAUCAAGGAGAUAACUGCUGUAAAUGCCUCAGAUUUGAUGUUUUUAUAUUCACACAUUACAUAUAUAUAUAAAUAUUUACAUCUAUAGAACAGAUUGAACUAUACAGGCUUCACAGAGGCCGGUGGGUGUAUGUGUAGCAGUAGCAACCGUGGUUUAGCCGGUGUGGCUGACUGGGCGUUGGGACCUAUUGAAUGGUUGAGAGCUUCGUGAGGGUUUACGGCAUUGGGCUAAGCCGCCUUAGUUGGUGCCCCGUGUGAGGAAGGGGAUCCAUCCCUUAAACUGGUUUGUCACAACGGUUAUGACAUUGUUGGGGUGGAGCAUGUUUUUUUAGCAAGGCGCUAGUCGUCUGAAUUUUUCAGAGCAGGAAACACAUUCACUUAACUUUUGGGGUUUCCUUUGCUACCGGCCAAUUCAUUGCACUUACCGGGGACGCUAGGUAAGCAACAGAGGGCACUCUCUCUUACCUUUUAUGCAUUUAUACAUACAAAUCAAAAAGCAGAAUUUGUAAGAGUUUAAUAUAAAACUGUUUUUGUGGCUAAUCUUAACUAUUGUUCAGACAUAGUUGGUAUAUUUGAUGUUGUUCUUAUUGUUGUUGUUAAUGUUCUUAUCUACAAUUAUGAUAAUUAUCAGACCGGCAGCAACCAGAUGUGUAGUUAGGAGAUCAGUGGCUGGGUUUAGAGUUGGACACUUUGUAGCAUUCUGGCCUCCGGCGUGGGGAGGCCCAAGGUGGGGCCUCCGGCGUGGGGAGGCCCAAGGUGUAUCAGUUUAUGCGCCCUUCUGCUCCUCAGUUAUGUAGUAGUUUAUGGUAGUAGUGAAUGGUUUGGCUGUGUUCUCCAGUAGGGAAUAUCUGUGUUGAUCUAUCACUGUUACUCCUGACUGGUAAAACAGGAGGCUACCGUCAGUGCUCAUCUGGUGAGUAUUGUUGGCAGCAGGGGGUUUCGGUUCGAAUGGAUGAAAGGUGACAAUCAGGGCUGGCAUUAGGAAGAAACUGGGACGGACAGUGGUAAAAAGAGGUAUGCAAUAGGCAAUGAGUUACAUUUUUAGAACUUCAUAAUGUGUUUCUAUGAUAGUUUGUGUGUAUUUGAACAAGUAUAUCUAUCCAUGUCUAAACUUCUGGUAUUUUUUAAUGAAAUAAUGUUUUGAACACCAGAUAUGAACAUGAAGCAUAAGCACUGCCCUUGGAUCUAACGACACCUGACCAGUCACGACCGCGGUUAAAGAUACAAUUUAACCACAGUCGUGGUAAUGGUUGUGCAUAACUCGCAGUGAGGAUGGGGCGGGGGG